GUGUGCCCGUGUCCGGAGAGCCGCGGGCUGGACGCGGACCGCGCGAACGAGCAAGCGAGCAGGCAGCGGAGCAGCAGCCCGGAGGCAGCAGCGGCGCCGCGGCGGCGGUGGCGGCAGUGGCCGCUCCGCGCCUCGCCUCCCUGGCCUCGCCAGCCUCGCUGCGCCGCGCCCGGACCUGCCACCCCCGCCUACCGGGCCCGACCUCGGCAGCGCCCCUCGCCUCGGCUGCCAGCCUCACCCGCCCUCCCAGAGCAGGGAGCGGAGUGCGGGGCGCAGAGACACCGGAGCCAGUGCCCGCCGGCCCCGCCAAGCAAACCCGGCCGGGAGAACCUUCGCUCGGCCCAGCGCAGCUCUGCAGCCGUCCGGGAGCUGUCCCUUCAGCACCGCCGCGGAAGCCUGAGUCCCAGCGCAGCCCAGCGGAACCCCUGACCCAGCCCGAGCGCACAAGGUGCUGCGCUCGGCGGCCGCCCCGCGGGGCAGCACCCUGGUGCCCCUAUCCAGGGGACCCGCCAUCUCCUCCGGGAGGCGGGGAGAAGGAACGAGGAGGGAGGUCAGGCAGCUUCACCCGCCACCGAGGGGAGUAGGCAGAUAGGCAAGGAGAGCCAAAGGGGACCGGUCACGCAGGGAGGAGAGCAAGCCGCAUCCGUCCCCACCGCACCGGGAGCGCGCUGCGGCGACCACCGCAGAGCCAAGCGCGGAUUUCUCGUAACCCCCUCUUUCCCAGCUGGGGCUGGUCUAUCGGUCCGGCCCCCGAAACGGAGCAGCUGACCUUCCCCUAAAAAAGCUUUGUGUCGGUUUCUCCAUUUUCCCGCUGAGAUGAUACCCGGAGCCCGGCCCCCCCAUCCUCUCUCCCCUCCUCCCGGGCCUCGCCGCUGAGCGCCGCCCCACUCCCUUCCUCCCUCCCUCUUUACCUCCCUCCUCUCUUCCACAGCCUCCUCCGCAGCCAGGCCAGCUCCCUCUCACACUAGGCGCCUUAAAGACCCUAGGGAGCCCGUGCACACACCCCUGGACCCGCACCUGCCUGACAGCUCCCACUGAGGGGGCUUGGCUCGUUGGUUGGGGUGGGUGGCCAGAGCCGCGGUCCUCUGUGCCCCCCGACGGCUGGGGGGAGGGGGGAAGAGGCCCUGCGCCCCCCUCCCCGUCGCCAUCUCCCCCUGGCGGCAGCUCCCAUGGGUGUCGCUGGGCCGCGCCAUGCCUAAGGGGGCGCCGCGAUGGGCCAAGGGGACGAGAGCGAGCGCAUCGUGAUCAACGUGGGCGGCACGCGCCACCAGACGUACCGCUCGACGCUGCGCACGCUGCCCGGCACGCGGCUUGCCUGGCUGGCAGAGCCGGACGCCCACAGCCACUUCGACUAUGACCCGCGUGCCGACGAGUUCUUCUUCGACCGUCACCCGGGCGUCUUCGCUCACAUCCUGAACUAUUACCGCACCGGCAAGCUGCACUGCCCGGCCGACGUGUGCGGGCCGCUCUACGAGGAGGAGCUGGCCUUCUGGGGCAUCGACGAGACGGACGUGGAGCCCUGCUGCUGGAUGACGUAUCGCCAGCACCGCGACGCUGAGGAGGCGCUGGACAGCUUUGGUGGCGCGCCCUUGGACAACAGUGCCGACGACGCGGACGCCGACGGCCCCGGCGACUCGGGCGACGGCGAGGACGAGCUGGAGAUGACCAAGAGAUUGGCGCUCAGUGACUCCCCAGAUGGCCGGCCCGGCGGCUUCUGGCGCCGCUGGCAACCGCGCAUCUGGGCGCUGUUCGAGGACCCCUACUCAUCCCGCUACGCGCGGUAUGUGGCCUUUGCCUCCCUCUUCUUCAUCCUGGUCUCCAUCACAACCUUCUGCCUGGAGACCCACGAGCGCUUCAACCCCAUCGUGAACAAGACCGAAAUCGAGAACGUUCGAAACGGCACCCAAGUGCGGUACUACCGGGAAGCGGAGACGGAGGCCUUCCUCACCUACAUCGAGGGCGUCUGCGUGGUCUGGUUCACCUUCGAGUUCCUCAUGCGUGUCGUCUUCUGCCCCAACAAGGUGGAGUUCAUCAAGAACUCCCUCAAUAUCAUUGACUUUGUGGCCAUCCUCCCCUUCUACCUGGAAGUGGGCCUGAGCGGCCUGUCCUCCAAAGCCGCCAAGGACGUGCUGGGCUUCCUGCGCGUCGUGCGCUUCGUGCGCAUCCUGCGCAUCUUCAAGCUGACCCGCCACUUCGUGGGCCUGCGGGUGCUGGGCCACACGCUCCGCGCCAGCACCAACGAGUUCCUGCUGCUCAUCAUCUUCCUGGCCCUGGGUGUGCUCAUAUUUGCCACCAUGAUCUACUACGCGGAGAGGAUAGGGGCACAACCCAAUGACCCCAGCGCCAGCGAACACACACACUUUAAAAAUAUCCCCAUCGGCUUCUGGUGGGCUGUGGUCACCAUGACGACACUGGGCUAUGGAGACAUGUAUCCUCAGACGUGGUCUGGGAUGCUGGUGGGAGCGUUGUGUGCUCUGGCUGGUGUGCUGACCAUUGCCAUGCCGGUGCCUGUCAUCGUGAACAAUUUUGGGAUGUACUACUCUUUAGCCAUGGCUAAGCAGAAACUACCAAAGAAAAAAAAGAAGCAUAUUCCGCGGCCACCGCAGCUGGGAUCUCCCAAUUAUUGUAAAUCUGUCGUAAACUCUCCACACCACAGUACUCAGAGUGACACAUGCCCGCUGGCCCAGGAAGAAAUUUUAGAAAUUAACAGAGCAGAUUCCAAACUGAAUGGGGAGGUGGCGAAGGCCGCGCUGGCGAACGAAGACUGCCCCCACAUAGACCAGGCCCUCACUCCCGAUGAGGGCCUGCCCUUUACCCGCUCGGGCACCCGCGAGAGAUACGGACCCUGCUUCCUCUUAUCAACCGGGGAGUACGCGUGCCCACCUGGUGGAGGAAUGAGAAAGGAUCUUUGCAAAGAAAGCCCUGUCAUUGCUAAGUAUAUGCCGACAGAGGCUGUGAGAGUGACUUGACCAGGCGGCUUGGCCGAGGACACUGGUGGCUAUUAAGCAUCUGGGUGGACCUGCAGCCCCUCCUCACCCUCGGACAGAGUAAAUUCACGCCAUGCAGGUUUGCCGGACGAGUCCGAGUGGCCCAGGCAUUGUACUAAGACGGACGUAGCUUUUUCUACGGCCCACGGUAACUGACCGUAGAGGAUUCGCCCUUCUUUCUUUUCAUCUUUUUUUUUUUCUUUUCUUAGAAGUUACCUUUUAUUUGGGGAGGGGGGGUCAAGGGGAGCCUUAGCAUGACUUGCAUGAAGUUAAACAGAAAAACCCAGCUAAACCAAACCCACCAGCCCCUACCGUGACUGUAUGAUCACCCUAACCACCAACAAUGGAGAGAAAAGCAAGCGUCCCUUAUUUUCUUUCAGCACUCUUCGACACUUGGUGUCUGGAGUCAAACUGUAAAGGCGCUCGGUAGAAACCUGUACAUUUCCGGGAGUGGGGGCGGGGGAGGGGGGAGGUCAGGGAACAAGGAUGGGGCCGGAGAGCGGAUUGCAUUUUGUAUACAAGACCUAGAGGAAAGGUUCCAAAACGGCAGUCAGUCAUCGGUCACAUUGACCUCACCUUCAUAGCCCACCUCUCACUCGGAAAAACCAAGAACUCUGCUCCGAAUAGGAUUGUGGAAAUUCACACUGCCACCCCUCUUCCACCUCUGUCUGGCAUGCUUGUGACCCAACGGGCCUCUCCCCAAGACCCCGACAGCGGCUAGUUUAGGUUGAGUCUCUCUCAUCUUGGUGUGUAGCUCCAGUGUGACCAAGUUUCAUAACAAAUUGUUCAUAGUUACACCAUAUGGAUUUUCCCAGUGUCAGUCUAAAGCCAGGAUGUAGAGCACCUCCAGUUCAGGACCACCAGAGGGGUGCCCCCCUCCACCUUUAUCAAGGCAAGAACUGGCACUGUAUGCAAUUUAGUACUUCAGAGUAAAAAAUAAAAUAAAAUAAAAUAAAGACAAACCUGCAUGCCCAAUGUUAUGCAAAGAGAUUCGAGCAUGAAAUAAAUUUUGUGACAUGGUUUCUGUCCAGUCGAAAGCAGAUUUGUUUUUCUGAAGCGAUUGGAAGUUUGCAGAGACAACGCUUCUGCAUCUCAAAUAAAUAUAGUAUUUUCCCAACAGAAACAGGGGACAGUAGCUUGGCUUUGGUCUGAUUCUAAAAUUAGUGUGUGUGUGUGUGUGUGUGUGUGUGUGUGUCUGUGUGUGUGUGUGUGUGUGGAAAGAUGAUAUUUUUGAAAAACACAUGCUUGAGUUGAAAAAAAAAAAAAAAAAAGCAACAUCUCGAGCUCUCAGUGCGACAUUUCCUGGAAAGACAGCAACCUCCCCUUCCCAGGCCCUGGCCCUGGAAAUAAAGAGCUGACUUUUGAUCUG